GGUCUCCCGCACAAAGGAAAGGAAAGGAAAGGAAGGAAGGAGAAACCCUACUCUACCAGGAAGGAAGCCGUCGCCAUGGCCUCCGCCCGCGCCGCCCUCCAGCUGCGCCUCGCCACCGCUACCAACCCCGUACUCUUCUCCGCCCACGGCCUCCGCUACCGCAAGCUCGAGGUCAUCCUCACCACGUCGAUCGAUAAGCUGGGGAAAGCAGGGGAGGUGGUGAAGGUGGCGCCUGGGCACUUCCGCAACCACCUUAUGCCCAAGAUGCUCGCUGUCCCCAACAUCGACAAAUUCGCCGUGCUCAUCCGGGAGCAGCGCAAGCUUUACCAACGUGAAGAGGAGGAGGUGGUGAAAGAAGUCACGAAGGAAGAUGGUGAUGCUCGACUACAGGAAGAGAAACUGAAAGAGUAUCAAACAGCAGCGAAGCGGCUCGAUAACGCACUAUUGGUGCUGAGGCGUUUCAUCUCAACUGGAAACGAGCUGCUUACUCCUGUAACAAAGGAUGAAAUUGUUUCCGAGGUGGCAAGGCAACUGAACAUCAAUAUCCACCCAGAAAAUCUGCACCUGCAGUCACCUUUGGCGUCCCUUGGAGAAUUUGAGCUGCCCCUCCGCUUACCGAGGGAUAUACCACGCCCAGAAGGCAAACUACAAUGGACUUUGAAGGUUAAGAUCAGGAGAAAAUAAGUGUGCUUCAUUGGGAAAGUUUGUUCUCCCUCCAAGCCGGUGGAUGAUACCAAACCAUUGCAGCCUUUAGAUGAAAGAGACCUGUGGAAUAGGUUUUCAGAUGGAAGAUACAUUAGCGCUGCAUACUUAUCUUCCAUUUCUGAAAACAAAGUGUUACCUUUCUCCUCUUGAACUUGUUGCCCCGUCUUUGAACAGGACAAUAUGAUCGGCAGUGUAAUUCUUAAAAAAUGUUUCGAGGCGAUGAAUAAUUUGUUUGGAAUAGAAUGCAACUACUGCUAAGCAUGGCCCCUCUGGAUAGUGUAUACAAUAUUGUAUUGUAUUGUUGUUGACUUGAUUA